GUCAGACGCCGGGCGCGGGCCGAGGGCCGCCGGGUCGCUGCUCCUCUGAGAAGCGUUAGGCCGGGACGCGGAGGUUCGGGCAGUGCUGGGGGCGGCAGCGCGCCGCUCACACUCAUGAGGAGCCGGAAGCUCACAGGUGAAGUGCGGUCUUCGGUGCGCCUGAGAGCCUGCCGUCGCUCAGCCAGGUUGGCCUCUGCUCGGGAAGCCAGCAUCGCCACGUCUGCCAGGACGGUAUGCCAGGUGCCUCAGGAAGUAGAAGGCCCCGGUGGGUGUGUGUCUAGAUUCUUCCCCAACCGCCAGUUUACAUCGUGUCCCUCCGAGGGAGACAGUGACGUGACCCCAUCGUGCAAGUUGUGGCAACGACGUCUCUUGCUUAAGACUUCCUCAUCACACAAAGCCGCCGACAGGCGAACUUCCAAGAAGUUCAAGUAUGACAAAGGUCAUCUUGUGAAAUCAGAAUUACAGAAACGAGUCCCCAAGAGCGAUAGUGCUGCUCUGCCCAAGAUACCACCCGAGCGCCCCUGUGACAGUGACCCUCUGGGGUUUGCCGAAGACCCCACGGCGCCUCCAGGAAGGGGAGCUGGUGCCCCGACAGAGCCGGCGGCCACGGGCAGCCCCCUCGGGCAUGGCACCGCUGUGGGCGACUCUCGCCCCGCAGAGACUGAAGACGGCCCGUCCCCGCCGGCACACGGGCCCCUCGCGGGAGAGGACCCCCACGGCAGCCGCACCGCACGGGGCGGGGCGGCACUGCAGACGGAUGACAGCGUCUUUCUGGACGAGGACAGCAACCAGCCGAUGCCGGUGGGCCGGUUCUUCGGGAACGUGGAGCUCAUGCAGGACCUUCCCCCGGCGUCUUCGUCUUGUCCUUCAAUGAGCAGACGAGAAUUCAGGAAGAUGCAUUUCAGAGCCAAAGACGAUGAAGAUGAUGAUGAUGGUGCAGAAGUGUAGAGAAUAAAACACGAAUUUGACAGUCAGUAGCAGUCUGACAGUUGAGCAAGUUCUGGGAUUCACACGACCUUAUCUCCCAAGAAAACGUGUCCUUCACCACACGUUGAAGCUGACCCACGAACGCCCUAGUGCAGAACGCCAGAUACCUGCAGCAUGGACACGUGUGACCCAGAACGUUCUCCGAGAUCGUGCGGUUUCUGAUAUCCGUGUGUGCGGACGAUGGCUUGAGUCCCCCUGAGGGGGCUGGGAGAUCUUUCUAAAGAAAACUGCUCACUUAAGCUCUUUAGUUUUGAUAACACAUGCGUUUAUUUUCCAUUAUCAAAAUUUGAUCAUUCCCAUGAUUGAGUCAGUGCCAGUUCUUAAAGAACUCUCCUUCUAUUUCUGUACAUGAAGCUAAUGUUUACCUUGGGAAUUUUGCAAAACACAUACGACUAAGAAAUAAAAUAUAUUUUGGAAGUA